GAAAAGCCCCUGGUUUGUCCCCUUCAGCGUCUCCUCUCUCUCUCUAUCUAUCCAUCUCUCUGCGGCUCUGGUCUUUACAGUCCACAAAUGGCGACCCAUCACCCCAUUCUCCUACUUUUGGCUUUUUCCUGUUGCUUUUCGAACCUUUACGCAGAAACUGUCCGGAAGGAAUUGAGAACUAAAGAGGCAAACCAAGACAAAAUCAUACGAUUGGGCCAUUCAAUUCAGUCUAACAGAAUUGAUCCAUCACGAGUUAUCCAACUUUCUUGGCGACCAAGGGUCUUCUUAUAUAGAGGCUUUCUAUCAGAGGAGGAGUGUGACCGCCUAAUUUUUUGGACAAAGAGCAAGGAGAAUUCUAUCCAGAAUGGUGGUGACUCGGGGAAAGUUGGCACAAGCAAGCUGCCCAGAAGUUCAGAAAUCUCUUCAAGUAUGAAUGAUGAUAUAGAGGCAACAAUUGAGGAAAGGAUUUCAGCUUGGACAUUUCUUCCAAAAGAGAACAGUAAGCCUUUUCAAGUUCUGCAUUUUGGGCUUGAGGAUACCAAAGAGAAAUAUGAUUAUUUUGGUAAUAAAUCGAUGCUGGCACUCAAUGAGACUUUGAUGGCCACAGUCAUUUUGUAUCUCUCAAAUGUCUCACAUGGUGGUCAGAUCCUUUUCCCUGAGUCAGAGUUAGAAAACUCUAAACUGAAGAAUAGGAUAUGGUCCGAUUGUACAGAAAGUAGUAACGUGAUGAAACCCACUAAAGGGAAUGCAAUUCUCUUCUUCAAUAGCCAUCCAAAUGCUUCUCCUGAUAGUAGUAGUAACCAUGCCAGAUGCCCUAUCUUUGAAGGGGAGAUGUGGUGUGCCGCCAAAUUCUUCUGUGUGAGAGCCAUUACUGGGGAAAGGGUGCCAUUCCAGUUGGAAGGCAGUGAUUGCACCGAUGAAGAUGAAAAUUGCCCUCAGUGGGCUGUCAAUGGGGAGUGUCAAAGAAAUCCCGUAUUCAUGAUUGGUUCUCCAGACUACUAUGGAACGUGUAGGAAGAGUUGUACUGCUUGCUAGUAGUAACCAAAGUUGUUAAAAUCGGGAUCCUAAGUAGGAUCGGUGAGAGGGUCUGGUGGAUCGGAUCGAGGAUCGUAAGAUCCUACUUUCUAUUAAAAAAAAAAGAUAAAAAUUAAAAUUAAAUGAUACAUAUUAAAAAUAAGUUGAAAAAUCAUAAAAUCUACGAUCCUACUUGCGAUUUUACCUACGAUCCCAUACGAUCCCACACGAUCCCAUGCGAUCCUACACGAUCCUAUUUGCAAUCCUGUUGUAACAUCGAUCCUACAACGAUCUGGAUCGUUUUGGCAAAGUAGGAUCGUAGGAUCGUGCGAUCCUACGAUCCAGAUCGCAAUUUUAACAACCAUGGUAGUAACCUCACACACAUUUUUUCUUUCUUACAUCUUUUUUUUUUUUUUAUAUUUAAAUAUAUGUUUUCUAUUUCUUCUUUUUUCUUAGUUGUUUUUUCUGUGUCUUUUUAUGUAAGAACAAAACGUGGCAUUUACUGGUGAUUAAUCUAUAUAAUUGUUUGAUCUUUUCUAUCAAA